GCGGAAUUCGGGUUCGCCCUUCAGGUUACAGACGGUGGCACACGUUGAUUAAAGCGAUCCAUGCAAGACAGGCUGCCGUGUAACCAAGUGUACACUCAUACCGUGUUGGGAGUCUGUUGUGGCCGUUGUACCAUCCGCGGAAAGCCGUAGAAUGUCCGGUCAUACCUGGCUGAGACGAUCAUACCAUGCCCGGCCACAAACGCUUAUGGCCGUGUUGGUUGCCAUUGCUUGUCUGCUGAUGACCAUGGCCGUGUGACUGCUGCUCUGCCUUACCUUGCCGUUUCUCCGCGGGCCAAGGAUCACAGAUCCGGAAGGUACUUAUAUCCCAUCCUUCCAGCUCUUGCUUACUCCCAGCAACUACACAAUGUCAUGCGCGAAUUUCCUCGUCAAAGCCCACCGGUUUCCAGCCCAGCACAUCCGUGAGUACAGCGGUGGCCUCAGGAGCCGCGAUGAGGACAUUAUCUACCUGGAGGCGAAGCAGUAUAUCCCUCGAAACAAUUUGGAAGCGCACGAGAGCGAUCUUACCAUCCUUGCAGCACAUGCUAUCGGCUUUCCCAAGGAGCUCUACGAACCUUUGUGGGAUGACAUGCUCAAGCAGUGGAACUACUCUAGCCUCCGAAUACGCUCGAUUUGGAUAGCGGACGCCAGCAAUCAGGGCGCGAGUAGCGCUCUAAACGAGGCUAUCCAAGGCGACGACCCAAGCUUCUUCGACCAUCCACGUGACCUCCUUCACAUGAUUAACACUCUUCGGGAGCAUUUUCCACCGCCAUUGGUAGGGGUAGGGCAUUCCUCCGGCGCGACCGCUUUGAUCCAACUGACGCUACUGCAUCCUCGUCUGCUCUCCUCCCUUGUGCUCUUCGACCCCAUCAUCGGACACGGCUCGGCGACGGAGUUUGCUACCAUGUUUUACCGCAAUACUCUACGGCCCGACCUUUGGUCCUCUCGCAGUGACUGUGAGCAGUACUUCCGGUCACUUUGGCGGACAUGGGACCCUAGGGUGUACCAGCUAUUCCUGCAACAUAACCUCCACGAAACACCAACCUUGCUACAUCCAGAGCCUGGGAAGGUGACUCUGCGGACGACGAAAGCGCAAGAGGCCUGGAUGUACGGGCGCAGUUGUUUCGGCCUUAUAAACCAGUAUGGCGAUUUGACUGCACCAGAGAUGCGAACAUUGUAUCCGGAUCUGAAUGAGACAGUUCGAAUUUCCUAUCCGUUCUAUAGGCCGGAGGAUGUGCACAUCUGGCAGCAGCUUCCGCAUGUUCGUCCAAGCAUACUCUACGUCUUCCCGUCCUCCGGGCCGUCUGCGGAUACAGCGCAGAGAGAGGCUAAGAUCGAUCGCACUGGCAUCGGGACAGGUGGUAGCGGCGGCAAGGCUCAUGAUCGAGUCCGAAGCGUAGUCGUCGACGAUGCAGGACACCUGCUACCAUUCGAGAAGCCGGCGAAGUGUGCAGCGGUUACGGCCCAGUGGCUGCAGCAGGAUUUGACAGCGUGGCGAGAGCGCAGCGAGUAUGCAAAGCAGCAUCGUGAUGAGAAAAGCACCGAUCAGCUCGCUUUGAGUGAGAUAUGGAUACGCCAAGCUGAGGCCUUCUACAAGAGGGCUAAGGCGAGCGCUCAAGCUACGCAGAAGCUGAAGGCUAAGCUGUGAUCAUGACUAGAGCUCCUGAUGCGCGUUGAGCGCCAUUAACAACCUGUUCAGCUAGAAAGUCCAGAUCUCCCAAAUGCAGCGUUGUAUGCU